CGGUCUCAGAUUUUCCAGGAAGACUGGUCUGCAAUUGAUUACGAUUUACAGUUGAAAGUUCAGUAAUGUGUCCUGUGCAUGAUUUCGUUUCGUUGUAUAGACAAUAGGUUAAUAGGGACUUGUGUUUUUGUGUGUGUGCUCUAAAUGUUUUGAAUCGUAAUAUGUACAUUUUUUUGGUAUUCUUCAUGAUUUUCUCGCCGUCUCUGGAAGCUAGCAUAGUCAUAACAGUACCUCCAAAUGUUCAUGUUCCCACAAUGAAAAAUCCUUUUCCAUUCUACCAGGAAGAUGGAAUAAGGAUAGAGGAAGGUGAAGUUAAGCAACUGAUACAAAAGUGGUUACAGAAGAGGGCGCCUGCAAGAAAUCAUUAUCUGCAAGCGCAGGAACGUGUUGAUAUGAAAAAAAUUGAACCUAUCGUGAAAAGUGAUCUCAUGAAAAAAAUUUUGACCGUUUGCACCCAUGCAGUAGCGGACACAAAAGACAAUGCCGUAGCUAGUGUUUUCUCGUGUGUUUUACAAGGAUUCGAGAAGUACUAACAAAGGCGAACCUCUUUCAGAUCUAAUAGGGACCUGAGCUUUAGGAAAUAUUUGACAUGGACUCCAUCAGUUUUGAAAUCUCCUUGAUUCUUUCAUUUAAAACCUUGUUGAAAUUUUCGAAAAAUGUCCCCAAGCGAAAGUCAGAUUCUGAAACUGUGGAUACAGAACCUUUUGUAUAACUUUCAUAACUUUCAAUGUGGAGACAAAUAUGCAAAGAUGUGCUCGUGCCAUUAUCAAGGAUUCGGUAACUUUUUCACGACAACUUUUUAGAUUAUUUUAUCACUCAUAAUAUGAGAGAUACAGAAUUAUAUUAUAAUUCUGUAUUUAUAUCAGAAAGAGUUCCUUAUAGCACAUAUCUUUCGAUACUUAAAUAGGUUAAUUGACAAGAUACUAGAGUUUACUUAUGUAGUUUUUCAUUUCUAAUUAUUUAUUUCAUUCGGAAUCAUUUAUUUCUGUGAUAAAGUUUUGGUAGCACAUACGUUGACGGAUUUUUAUAAAAAUGAAAAUAAUACCUUCUUGACUUU